CGAGCUUCCAACGGUCCAAGAGCUCCGACGAGGCUCCCAAGACCGCCCCAAGACCAUCCGUAGCCAUUUUGGCUCAAGGGUAGCCGUUUUGAUUUGUGGCCCUGUGCUGGGGGCAGCACGGAUCUUCGCAUCACCUCUGGUUUCUGUGCCAUGGGAACCAUGGAGGUUCGUCUGCCGUCGGCGUCCAGCCAAGCAACGAUAGAGAGAUAUGUUACCCACAUGACCUCACAGCUGCCCGCGCACUUCGCCUUCGCCACACUGGUGCCGUGGAGAUCGCCGCAGCGACCUAGCAGGCUCGCUUCACCAGACUCAGGAUCUGAGGGCCACUGGGACACAGAGAGGAUCGCGUCCCUGGCGUCUGAGUGCACUAGCUUGCUGGUGCCAUGCACGUUCGAAACGCGGUACGAGAAGUCAAUGAUGAAGACAUUAAUGGAACAGCUCGAGCCGCACCGUGACCUCUGCGUGUUCUUGCUGCAGUUGCUUGAGGUCCCGCGUGAACUGAGCCGGGAAUACGUGCAGACGGUCAUGGCGCGCCACGACGCGCUUCUGGCCGUCGGUGCUGACGGGGUGUUGCUGGAUCCUGGUGACAACCCAGAUGAGCUGCGCCAAAAACUCGACAUCGAGCGGUCUUGGUUCGAAGCGACUGAGAGGCGUGCACAUUCGAUGAUCGUUUUUGACGACGACAAUUUCCAGCGCAUGUUGGACUAUCACCACAAGCUGCUCUGGGAGGCCGUCCCGAAAGCUCUGAUGCCCGAUUUCGACCCAAUCGAUCGCAACCUCGUGGAGACGGCCAACAGGGUGGGCGAUUACGAGCUGACCAAUCGUUUUAACACAAGGAGCGGCACCGUAUUGCUUGCCAAGCGGAGCGAGUCUGAGCGAGUUGUCCUCAAGGUCUACGACAAAUCGGACCGCGUAUCUGCUGCAGACCUUGAAUGCAUCCAUCGCGAACUGUGUUUCUUGAGGGACAUGCUGAGGCACCCGCACAUCGUCCGUUGCUGUAACAUGUGCCAUAGUUUCUCCCGGGUGUACUUGACCCUCGAGUUUGGGGGCAUGCAGAAUCUGCACGAGCGCCUCAUGAACCAGCCAGGGUACCGCCUCGACUUGGAGGAUGCCAUGGACUGCGCAAUGCAGAUAGCAGGAGCGCUGGCCUACUGUCACUCACGGGACGUCGUGCACAGACAAGUGUCUCUGGAACACAUCAUCGUGGAGGACCAGUCUGAAACGCUUUUCUGUCGCAUGGUGGACUUCUACCAGGCGGCGCUCCGACCAGAGUCGACGCCGUCGACCACGCUGUGCGGAGACCUGCCGUGCAUCGCCCCAGAGGUGGCCCUGGACGAGUCGUACUUCGCCAAGCCUGCGGACUGCUGGAGCCUCGGGGUGGUGCUCCUCGAGGCCGCCGGGGGCCUGGGCUCGAUGAGGCAGGCGGUCGGCUGGCCGGAGGAGGCGGAGUUGACGCCCACCGCCAGAAGGAUCAAGAACUUCUUCUCCCGCGAGGGCAGCCACGCUCGCGCACUGGCGGUCGUGGGCGGCGUGCGCAGCGAGCCCGUUUUGGCCAAGCUGUCCGCACUCCUCGAGCCGAGGCCCACGGCUCGGGCGGCCAUGGACGCCAUCGCGCAGUCCUCCGCCUAGACAGGCGGCGCCUCGGAGGGCCCCGACCGCUGGAACGAUGAAAAGCAUCGCGCCUUGAUCACAUCACCCUUCCUUCCAAUUGCUUUGCAGUGUCAUGUCGUGCUAGCGGCAGCAGAUUGGUGCUGUGGCAUUGGUCGAUUGACCACUUGCUCUGUUGACAGAGCAGCGCGAAUACCAAUUCAGUUCCGUAGGGUGCCUCCUCUGUGCUUUACCUGGGUCUGAUUCCACGCGCGAUUCAGCGUCUAUAACAAGAUGAGCCUUGCACCGCUCGCCUUAAUUUGUUUCCAUGAUUGCCGUUCUCUCGUUGUUCAUCGCUGAAUGUAUUCGUUUCAACAGGGUCGGCACAAGUGUUGCCAAGUGUUGCGCGGGAGGCGCAAUCCUUGCUCCGUUAGAUUUGGCGUAGUUUUCCGCCCUUUCUCGUGGGCGACCGGCGCUGCACGCUCAGUCAGCGGAGGCAGCGGAUUUUCCAUGAUUGCCUUCAGCUCGCUGUUCGUCGCUGAAGUCCAUUGUUUUGAAACAAAAAAA